AUGUCCACCCCCUCCUCACCUCCACCAUCAGGAUCAUCAAGGAUCCCAGUACCAAGAAAGAAAAGAUACCCCCUGCCUACCCUAAAGGCAGACAUCCAGAAAGUGGUGGAUGCACGAGGAAGCACCUACACCACGAUCUCAGCACUACUCGUCAUGUGGGAGGCCGAUGAUACCGAUGCAGCGAGCGAUGUUUCAUCAAUGUCAGCAUUACUCACAGACCAGUUUGGUAUUACGCCUACCAUCUGCAAGUUAGGUCGAUCAGAUCGGACACCGGCUUGGACAUUGGCCGGUGAGAUUCACUCUCUACUGCAAAAGAACCACACUCCGACCGCCGCUGAAGCGAAGUCCUUGUUCAUCAUCUACUAUGUUGGACAUGCUACACACAAUAUUUCAAAUGGGCUUGUCUUUUGCUCUAGUGGUGGAAAGGAUCUACCCUGGGAUGCUAUUCACCUUGAACUUUUCGCUAAGGAUGCCAAGCUUCAGCACGUUGACUCUCUCGCCAUUUUGGAUUGCUGCUAUGCAGGUUCGGCGAGAGCGGUAUCCACAAGAUCUAUGCAAAUCUUGGCCGCCGCAGGUCCUACUGAACAAGCCCGAUCCCGAACUUCGGGCGCAUCCUUCACCGCUCGUUUUGGGGGAGCGGUACGCUCGCUCAAGGCGCAGGGUAUGCAUAUUAUCACCAUAGCGGCAAUCUGGGCAGAAGUUGAACGACAGAAGCCAAAUCCGAACACUCCAACAUCGCAACUAUCUGUCUUAGGUGGGUCAUACCCAAUCUCCCUGCCCUUCAAGAAGGGUAGGGUAAUGUCACCUACUAGCCGCAUCCCAAUCGCCGCAAGAAGCAAUAUACGCGACAGGCAUAUCCUGGUUAGCCUAACCCUUGAUGGCCGCCAUAAAGACGCGACAAAAGAGUUCACUGACGCUAUUCAAAAACUCCCUGGCCGCCUCAAGAUAACUCUUGUCGAUGCUUAUGAGACGGAUGCAUCUGCUCUUAUCCUAGCUAGAAUGAGCUUAGAGGUCUGGGCAACCUUUUCCCAUCACGUUGACUUUGAUUUUGUGGGUAUUAUUAUUGGCCCAUCUCUUGUCCACGGCGUGGAUACCCUGCAGCCUGUCAAUAAGACUGGUGAAAACAUCCCACCAGGACCGCAUGUCCCUGUACCGCCUGGAAAGCCUUUCCGCUGA